ACACUGACAUGCGCAGUGAAAACCCCGGAGGUCAACUUGAAACACGUUUUACUACAAACGAGAAACUUCACGAAACCGGCAAUGAAAAUGUGUGUUUUACCGUGCCGAUUGCUUGAAGUUGGGUGAUAAUAGAAAGUGGAGGCAGUAAUGAUAUCUGUAGACGAGGUUGAGCCGGAGGAAGGGCAGUUAGAGGAAGAUGAGGGUGAAAUAGUCGACUGGCAACUUCCCUUAUGUUUCAUGAAAAAGAGGCACAAGGAACCGAUAGCUGGCGCUGAACUUCUUGCACAGACAUGGCGAAUGAAAGAAAGGAUGAAAACCGUCAGUGUUGCGCUAGUACUGUGUCUCAAUGUUGGGGUUGAUCCGCCCGAUAUUGUGAAGACGAGUCCCUGUGCGCGCCUCGAAUGUUGGAUAGACCCUCUGUCUGUGACGCCACACAAAGCUCUUGAGACCGUGGGCAAUAAACUCCAAGAGCAGUAUGAGAGAUGGCAGCCGAGGGCACGCUACAAACAGAGUCUUGACCCAACAGUUGAGGAAGUCAAGAAACUCUGUACUUCUCUACGGAGAAAUGCUAAGGAAGAGAGAGUCCUCUUCCAUUACAAUGGUCAUGGGGUGCCAAGACCAACUGUUAAUGGAGAAAUCUGGGUCUUUAAUAAGAGCUAUACCCAGUACAUCCCACUGUCAGUUUAUGACCUACAAACAUGGAUGGGGAGCCCUUCCAUAUUUGUCUACGACUGUAAUAAUGCAGGACUUAUCCUACAGUCCUUCAACACAUUUGCAAGUCAGCGUGAGCAAGAACACGAGAGAUGUUUGACUCAAGGCACGCCCAUGCCUGUGCCGCUAGCUGUUAAGAACUGCAUCCAGCUUGCAGCUUGUGCAGCCAAUCAGCUGUUACCAAUGAACCCUGAGCUUCCUGCCGAUCUGUUCACCUCAUGUCUGACCACACCCAUCAAAGUUGCCUUGAGAUGGUUUUGCAGCCAAAACAGCAGCAAGAUUGUCCCGGGGAUGACCUUAGAAUUAAUAGAAAAAAUACCAGGUAGACUGAAUGACAGGCGAACACCACUUGGUGAACUGAACUGGAUAUUUACUGCAGUGACAGAUACCAUUGCCUGGAAUAUGCUUCCAAGAGAGUUAUUUCACAAGCUGUUUAGACAAGACCUCUUGGUUGCUAGUUUGUUCAGGAAUUUCCUGUUGGCUGAGAGAGUUCUGCGCUCCUUCAACUGCACUCCAGUAUCCAGUCCGCAACUGCCACCAACCUAUAUGCACCCAAUGUGGCAUGCAUGGGAUCUGGCUGUAGAUCUUUGUCUUUUGCAACUACCAGAAGUCAUAGAAAACCCAGCCAAUUUUAAAAACAGUGCCUUUUUCUCCCAACAACUGACAGCAUUUCAAGUGUGGCUUGCGAUGGGUUCAGAGAUGCGCGACCCCCCGGAGCAGUUGCCAAUAGUUCUGCAAGUUCUUCUUAGUCAGGUCCAUAGACUUCGGGCUCUUGACCUUUUGGGCCGUUUCCUUGACCUUGGGCCAUGGGCUGUCAAUUUGGCCCUGUCUGUAGGGAUAUUCCCAUAUGUGCUUAAGCUACUACAGAGUUCCGCACGAGAACUUAGACCCCUAUUAGUCUUCAUCUGGGCAAAGAUUCUUGCAGUUGACAGCUCAUGCCAAUCUGACCUUGUGAAGGAUAAUGGCCACAAAUACUUCUUGUCCGUCUUGGCUGACCCUUACAUGCCGGCUGAGCAUCGCACCAUGGCAGCCUUCGUCCUCUCGGCCAUCAUCAAUGGCUUCCCCAGCGGCCAAGAGGCAUGUCUCCAAGGCAACCUCAUUGCCAUCUGUCUAGAACAGCUGACAGACCCUCAUCCACUCUUGCGCCAGUGGCUGGCUGUCUGUCUGGCAAAGGUUUGGGCAAGUUAUGAUGCAGCCAGGUGGUGCGGGGUGCGGGACACAGCACCAGAGAAGCUCUAUUGCCUGCUGUCUGACCCUCUUCCUGAGGUUAGAGCAGCGGCGGUGUAUGCUCUAGGAACAUUCAUUGCCAACACAGGGGACAGGUCAGACCAUGCCAAUCAGAUUGACUUUGGCGUUGCCAUGACACUCACGCAGCUUGGCCAGGAUGGUAGUCCCUUAGUCAGAAAGGAACUUGUCGUAUCCCUACAUGGACUUGUCAUACAGUUUGAAACUAACUUUGGGGUAGUCGCCCUGCAAUUUUUGGAUGAGGAUCGACAAAAAGAGAAUGCUCCACCUGCCGCAGCCAUCACAUCCACAGGGUGGAUAGUGGUGGGGUCUGGUUCGUCAGGAACACCCACCACACCCGAACCCCAGACCCCUGUCAGGAAGCUGUCACGUGGUCUACGGACCAGCCUUUCAUCCUCACAGCUUAGUGCUUAUGGAUCAAACCCCCAAGUGCCCGGUCACCAAACCAACUCUCCUGCAGGCCUUAUGCAUUACAGCAGUAGUAGCAGUAGCUCCAGCAGCUCUGAUUUCUUUGCUGCUAAAGAACUUCGACGAACACCUUCAACCUCCUCGCUAUCCUCAUCUUUUCAGUCUAAUGUAUAUGCCAAUACAUGGAAGGCCCUCCUUAACUUGUCUGUAGACCCAGACCGCUCGGUCUGUGACAAAGCCAAAAAGAUUGUCAACAAUAUAACACUCAAGGCCACUAUCAGUGCUAACCCACAAAAGGUCACCGGUACAAACAUUCGCUCACAGUCAACGUCUGCACCCUCAUCACCUAGCGGCCGCUACACUAACCCGUUUCCGCAUCAGAGAGAACAGAACUCGCCCCCAGUGCACCACAGGAGUCACCAAAGCAUCUCCCAGCCCACGACUCCCUCAAGAGGUGAAGCACCCCGCAUGGGGGGUGCCCAGGGGAAUCCUGGUAUUUAUCAUCCACACUCAUACGAGUUCCAUGUCAAAAGGAAGGUGUUUGGCAAAGGACCCGAUGAAGAGCACAUGGCUGGUACAGGAGAUGAAGUUGAUUCUGACGAUGAAACGUCGCCAAUGAAGCCUCAGAUCAUUAGAACAAACUUUGCUGAGUGGUGUGCCAGUUACUUUGCACAGUCAGUCAUGAAGCCGCCCGAAGAACACGACCCCCAGAGCCAGCUUCAUCUUCAGAGGGAAUGGCGGUUUGAGCGGAACUCGCGAGUGCGGCGAGAAGCUGCAAGACAACAAGCAAGGGCAGACGUGUGCAAGCUGGAUGACCAGAUCUUCAUCAAUAAGAACAUCCACCCCCCUGGUAUACUACGGUUUCAUCCCUACGAGCCUCACCUGGCUGUGGCAGACAGGGGGGGAGUCAGUAUUUGGAAUUGGGAACAGGGAGCACGGAUGAAUUAUUUUAACAACAACAACAGCAAGCUAACAAGAAUUACUAGCAUGGAGUUCCUCAACGCUCAUGACUUGACCCUACUGCUGACUGGAACAGACGAUGGUUCUGUCCGUGUCUGGCGUGACUAUGAUGGCGUCGAGUCCCCAGUUGAGGUGGUUACCGCCUGGCAAGCGUUGUCUGGGAUGUUACCCUCUACGCGCGGUAGCGGCUCUGGUCUCGUCGUCAAUUGGGAACAGGAAACUGGGAUUUUACUCGCGUCGGGCGACGUUAGGUUUAUACGUGUGUGGGACACGCAGCGAGAGAUGAAAAUGCAGGACAUCCCGACGGGUGCAGACAGCUGCGUGACAAGCCUUGCCUGUGAUUCUGUCGGACGCUCGCUACUAAUUGCUGGCUGUGGUGAUGGGUCUGUCCGGUUAUAUGACCGUCGGCUUCCUCCGUCGGACAGCCGGGUGAUGGCGCUACGAGAGCACACAGGCUGGGUGACAAGCGUCUUUCUACAGAAAGGUGGAGACGGCAACAUUAUAAGCGGCAGCGUCGCUGGCGACGUGCGCUUCUGGGACCCACGGUUCACCGAGUCAGUCAAAGGUUUCGAUACUCUGAAUAACAUGACCUCAUUCGAGGUCCAUCAACAAGCAAAGGUCCUAGCCAGUGGCUCAGCCAAUCAGAUCAUCAAGGUGAUGGACCUAGACGGAGGCAUGCGCAGUGUGAUCCGUUACCACGACGGGUUCAUGGGUCAGCGGAUUGGCCCAGUCAGCUGCAUGGAGUUCCAUCCUCACAGGGUUCACCUUGCGGCCGGAAGCACUGAUUCCUUCAUUUCGAUCUACUCGACGGAGAAAAAGAGAUGAGCAAGUCGCAACAGGGGGACGUCUACUUCCUCCCCUCCCCUCCCCUAUCUGUGGGGCUGUUAUUAGUAUCUCUCCUUUAGCACUUGAUAUUAAGUGCCAAUUGCGCCCCAUAGAUAUAUUUUGGGUCCCACCUGAGAGACAUGAAAAAUGUUAAUUAAUAACCAUGGAGAUGGACAUUCAAAUGUUCCUCUUGGAUAAGGCAAUGAAAAGAAACUCGGAAAUGCCGGGAAAACAAAUCGCUAAAGGAUACCUGUGGUAUUCGAAUAGUAUUGUUGGGAUUAAGACGACGAUAAAUGAAUAUUGAAUUAUGUUAUUUUGAUACAUCAAAGCUAUGUAAAUAUUAUCUUAUGUCUUUUUUGUUUUUUAACGUUGUAUUAUUUGAGUGAUUUUAGAACUAUGGUUUUCAUUGUCUCAGUCUUGUGAGGUGUGUUUGUAAAUUUUCUCCAGAUUUGCCCAUCUGGGUAGGUAACGGAUUCAGUGUAUUGUAUAUUUAAAAUUUAAUAAAUAGUUAAACCUGUA